UCGCUCAACAACUUCUCAAUGGUCAAGAUGUUGUGCCGGAAUCAUUCCCCUCUGUUACCAUUUAUUUUUCGGAUAUUGUAGGUUUCACGCGAAUAUCUGGCGAAUCCACUCCCAUGCAGGUUGUGACCUUCCUGAACAAACUAUAUACAAAAUUUGAUAGGAUUAUUCAAAAAUAUGACGUGUACAAGGUGGAAACCAUUGGUGAUGCUUAUAUGGUUGUGUCUGGCGUGCCUAACUUCAAAGAGACUCAGUUCCACGCGAAAGAGAUAGCUCUUAUGGCCUUACGACUCUUGCGCGCCGUGCGAAACUUCAAAAUUCCUCAUCGGCCUAGUGAACAACUAAUGCUACGAAUCGGCAUCCACACCGGCAGUUGCGUUGCCGGAGUAGUGGGGAAGACCAUGCCAAGGUAUUGCUUAUUUGGUGACACUGUAAACACUGCAAGUAGGAUGGAAAGCAAUGGAGAACCGCUAAAAAUCCACUGCUCACAGCCUACGCGAGAUGUUUUGUCAGCCAUUCCCGGUUUUGUACUAGAAGAACGCGGUACCUUAUCCAUCAAGGGAAAAGGCCAGAUGACUACGUAUUGGCUUCUUGAUGCUGAAGGCUAUGAGCUAUCCGAUGACGAUGACGAUCGUGAAGAGCCGGCGCUUGCUCCAGAGAUCUUCCCCAGAAAUCCGACCUUCAGGACCAUGCGUGGUUCUGGAUUCGGGCUCAAUCGUGAAUCAACCAUAUCUUUAUCUACGCAAAAAGAGCAAUCGUUUUUGAAGCGACUAAUUGGCACUGUGAAGUCGUCGGCUCAGCCUAAUGUCGAGUCGCAAUCCAGUGCUUUUUACUCGGCGAUGAAUGGUGGAGUUGUAUCCAUGGGCAACUCAUACAAAGAACUGCCUAGUGUGAACGAAGAAGACUUGCCGGGGAAAUGCCAAAACGAUGCACCCACUAAUAACCGAAGCAUACGAAGGCCUCCAUUUUCAUCGACGAGGAACUGCUUCCAGCCCUCAGUCCGUUCGUCAUUUCCUAAUGAAAAUGAUGUGGCUUUGAGAAAAAGAUCGACAUCUCUUCCUGAUGGCGAAGUGUUGAAUUUGGAUGUAACUGGGCCAAUGACGGGUGCAAAUUCUACCGCGCCUGUUUCUUCCUACUGCUCACCGUCUACCCGACACGGUGGACAUUAUGAAGGCGCAAGCGUAGUAGGAUCCAACAUCGCUCACUCAAGUAGCUCCCGCACGAUGCAGUCGUCCUCGCCAAGUCCAAGUCAUUACCCUUCGUACAAAGAUCUCGCUGAUCUUCCAUCUAUACCAAGGAAACAAGGUAUGGCAUUCAUUGUGCGACCUUCUAGAAAGCGAUCGCUGUCUGUUGGUGACAAUGUGAAACACACGACGUCGACUCACUUUGACGAUGGUUUAUCAGCAAAGGUAGAUCUUAACGAUCCCUUGAUUAGUCCGCCAAAACGACGCCAACGCCGACGUUUUAAGAGCAAGGAAAGGAAAUCAAUUCUGUCCCUACAGCAUUUGAGAGAUCCGUCACCGCUGCAGCGGCUUCGCGAUGCUUCACCGUUUGGCAGAAAUCUUUGGAAUGGAAGGGAACGAACUGCAUCAGUGAAUCGUUUCUUAAGGCGAUUAGCCAAUGGAGUGAGUUCACAGUAUGUUGAUCUCAACAAUUCCACGGACGACACCUGCGACUAUGUUGGAAAUGAGAUCAGCCACGUUCCUCUUCUUCAAUCGUGCGAAAAGGAGGCGGAAGAGAAGGACGGACAAGCCGAUCCUCUCAUUCCAGUGGUCACGCUGUGAUUACGUGAAAUCCAGCGUGACCACUGGAAUGAGAGGGAAUUUUUUAUUUUCAUUCACUUUAUGAAUUGUUAUUUUCUUUAUUGUUGAUUUCGGGUGAAUCUCAGGUAUUUCAUUGAUCUCUAAUAUAUAGUGUUUCCAUCCUUCUCUAUCUUAUACGCGUUAAGAGGUACGCGUUUAACCUAGAUAAGAAUGGAAAAGUUGAUAAAGGAAUAAACGUUUUGAUCGCUC